AUGGAUGCGUACCUAAGCAUUUUGCUGGACCACCCGCCAUCGAUCCGGUACUUUGAGCUCAGCAUACCGCUACCGAAGCUGACCGGGCUGUGGGAUGCGACGUCGGAUGAGGAGAGGAUCCGGCUGCAAUGGAGCACGCCGGCCGGCCGUGAACGAGCUCUCUUCUGCAACAUCAUCCGCGACGCGCUCGAGGAGGACGGGCAGCACAGGCGACGGCGCUGCUUCCCGCUGACGAAGCUGGACUACCACCUCGGCCUGUGCGCGCUGCAGGGGGGCGUGUGGGAGGCGGCAGGCGAGGCCCACAGCUUUGCCACGGACGAGCUUUCGGUGAAGCCGGGACCAGGCAACGCCAUCAUCGUGUGGGCCAGCCACAUUGACUACUGGAAGCGCACGAUGGAGACGAGCUGCCGGCUCAGCCAGCAGUACCUGUCGUCGCCGCUGUUGGCUGCGGCGGGCAGCAGCCCUGAGGCAGAAACGGACGACCAGACGGACGACGAAGCCGAGGCCGCCUGCAGCGACGACCGUUUCUCGCCAUACACACUCUUGCUCUGGCACAUGGCCGCGCUCAAGAUGCACGCGCCCAUCCCGAUCCUACAGGCGUCAGCCAGCCUGCAGCGACUCUCGCCGGCGCCCGUCAGUCUGCGGAAUUACGAUCUGGGGGCCCGGAUCCGCGCGUGGAUGAAGACGCCGUGUGCGCGCAAGUCUUGCUGGUACUCUGCACAGAUCUCGCGCGUGGUCAACCGCGAGGCAGCAGCAGCGGCAGCGGCCACGGCAGACACAGCCACGGUGACGCCGGCACAGGCGCUGCGAGCCCGGGCCCGACAGUUGCUGCUCAGCCCGCUGGCCAACCACAGCAUGUUCCUGGCCGCGAUCGUGGCAUCGUCAUACGCCUUUUACGCGACGUCCUGCAGCGUGUGCGGCAUGCUGGAACUGCAUCCGGAGAUGACGGCAACGGCAGCGGCAGCAGCAGCGGCAGCAGCAGCCACUCCGGUAGUAGAUCUCUACAUGGCCGACGAGGACGAUGCCGGACUGCAGGCCUGGUUCCAAGCCGAGACCGGCCAUUCGGUGUGGGGACCCGAGCAGAUACCGAUGUGCCGCUGCAGCUUUGAUGGCCUGACGGCAUGGUUGCGCGAGGCGCUUGCGGGUGACCGGACGCUGGAGCUGGCCUUUGUGGCCUAUACCGAAAAGCUACGGUCUGGAUGA